GAAAACCCAAAAUCGCAAGUAGAGGGAUACUGCAGAUCGAAGCCGUCGCCGAUGAGCCCGACGGAGAAGAGCGCGGAGGGGGAAGGGUCCCCGCGCGCGGAGGCCUUCCUCGACAUCCUCGGCCGCGUCCCGCCGGCCGAUGUGGAGGCGGCGCUGACCUCCUGCGGCGUCGGCCCGACGGCGGAGGCCGCGGAGCAGGUGCUCAAGUCCCCCAUCUGCUACACCCGGCCCAAAUCGGCCGUCCGCUUCUUCCGGUGGGCGAAGCGGUCCGUGCAGCUCACCGCCUACGCCUGGAACCUCCUCGUGGACAUCCUCGGUAAGGCCGCCAUGUUCGACCCCAUGUGGGACGCCGUCCUCUCCAUGAGCCAGGAGGGCGGCGGCCUCCUCUCCGUCGCCACCUUCGCCUCCAUGUUCGCCUCCUACUGCGCGCGCCGCAACUUCAAGGAGGCCGCCCUGGCCUUCGACGUCAUGGAGCGCCACGGCGUGCCGCCCGACGCCGUCGCUCUCAACUCGCUCCUCUCCGCCAUGUGCCGCCAGGACGGCGGCGCGCAGCCCGCGUCCGAGGCCUUCGAAACCUACAAGACCAAGGUCGCCCCCGACGCCGACACCUUCGCGAUACUGCUCGAGGCCUGGGAGAAGGAGGGGAACGUCCAGCGCGCCAAGAGCACCUUCGGCGAGAUGAUUGUCCGUGUCGGCUGGGACAGAAGCAACAUGCCGGCCUACGACGCCUUCCUUUCGACGCUGGUGCAAGGGGGCCAGCUCAACGAGGCCUUCAGCUUCCUGCAGGUGAUGAGGACCAAUGGCUGCCUCCCGGGGCUCAAGUUCUUCGCCAACGCCAUCGACAUCCUCAUCCGCAAGGGAGACCACGUCAACGCUAUCGCUAUUUGGCAGAUUAUGGUCUCGGAUGCAGGGCUGGUUCCUAACCUCCCAAUGUACAACGCCAUAAUCGCCCUCUGCUGCAGCGUCGGUAACACCGACUACGCCUUCCACAUGCUUGACGAAAUGCCCUUAAAUGGGGUCUUUGCAGAUUCUGUUACAUAUAAUGCCAUACUAGAGGGGCUCAUCAACCAGCGCAAGCCUCGCGAGGCUGAAGCUUUCCUCGCAGAGAUGAGCAAGAACGAGCAGCUGCCCUCCACGUCCAACUGCGCCGCUGCUAUCCGCUUAUUCUCUGAGGAGUUCAACCCAUCUGCCGCAGUUGACGUGUGGCACUGCAUUGUGGAGCACCAAAUCACCCCAGCUGAGGAAUCUGCCAAAGAGCUAAUAGCUGGGCUUCUCACCUUUAGCAGGUUUGCCGAUGUGAAGAAAUAUUCCGAGGAGAUGAUUGACAUGGGAAUUAAGUUUCCUCAGUCCACCAUAGAAAAGUUUAAGUACACAUUUGAUAAGGCUGACAGGCUCCACAUAUAUGACCAAAUUGCAAGAAGGAUGAAGCAGCGGUAGCAACACAUGGAUGGUGUAAUUCAUCAGAAACGAGGGAGACAAGAGGAGCUGCGGGGUUGGGUUUCUGCUGCUUAAGCAAGCUGUGGUAUACAUCUUCAAAGGGGCACGUGGAUGGAGGUAUUUGGUGCAGUGUAUACGUUUUUGCGAAGUUGUUUUGCACCAAAAAGGUUCUUUGGAAGGUGUUUCCUUCUUGGGGAAGAAACAGUUUCAGAGAUGGUUGUGAACUUCAAAUGCUAGUCUUAGCUAUUCAUUUAGUUCAAUCAGGAACAGUCUGCUGCCUUUUCUUUUCUGUUGGUCUUUAAAUCUCUGCAUUAUUCGUUUGAUUCUGAGUGGAAAGGGAUAGGGAGAUUCCCUUUCCAGCUCAAAUAUAUAACACACGCGAAGCUGCUAGUAUUUUCGGAACUGGAAGGGCAUUAUUUCUUUGUGAGGCGAUCCUUCUCUGCGCUUAAAAACGCUGCAUGCCUGAUUGCUACGGGUUGGUCGAAUAAUAGACCACCCAUUCUAUGGAUAGUGGAGAAGAGAAAGGUCAUC